AUGCAGACCACUGGGGCACUACUCAUUCCUCCAGCACUGGUAAGCUGUUGUACCGGGAGUCUAAUCAGGCCUGUAUCUGCCUCAUUCCUGAGGAGGCCAGAGGCCAUCCCAUCUAAACAGCCUUCCUACAGCAGCUCCCCACUCCAGGUGGCCAGACAGGGGUUCCAGACCAGUGUUGUCUCCCAGGACAUUGACAUAGCAGCCAAGUUUAUUGGUACUGGGGCUGCCACAGUUGGUGUGGCUGGUUCAGGGGCUGGCAUUGGGACAGUGUUUGGCAGCUUGAUCAUCAGCUAUGCCAGGAACCCAUCUCUCAAGCAGCAGCUCUUCUCCUAUGCCAUUCUGGGCUUUUCCCUGCAUGAGGACAUAGGGCUCUUCUGUUUGAUGGUCACCUUCCUUAUCCUGUUUGCCAUGUAA